GCCCCAUUCUCCCGGAGCAGCGCGCACUCCCCCCGCCGGCCGGGAGACCCCCAGACAGACUGACAGACACACAGACCGGCGGCCAUGGCCGAGCGCCGAGCCUUCGCACAGAAGAUCAGCAGGACUGUGGCUGCCGAAGUUCGAAAACAAAUUUCUGGGCAAUAUGGAUCUCCUCAGCUCCUCAAAAACCUCAAUGUUGGAGGGUCACACCAUGCCUCAGUUCCUCUCACAGAAGUGGUGGACCCAGUCGAUUUUGAGGAUUAUCUCAUCUCUCACCCAGUGACUGUUGACUCUGGUCCUUUAAGGGAUCUGUAUGAAUUUCCUCAAGAUGACAUUGAGGUUGCAUACACACAGAGGGAAUGCCGGACAAUGGUAUCGUCUGUGCCAGAAGAGAGUGAGAUGGAUCCACAUGUCAGAGAUUGCAUACGGAGUUACACAGAAGAUUGGGCCAUUGUCAACCGGAAGUACCAGAAAUUGGGAACGGGAUUCAAUCCCAACACACUAGACAAGCAGAAAGAGAGACAGAAAGGCUUACCGAAGCAAGUGUUUGAGUCGGAUGAAGCUCCCGAUACCAGCAGCUAUCAGGAUGAGCAAGAUGAUCUUAAAAGGCGUUCCAUGUCGAUUGACGAUACACCGCGUGGGAGCUGGGCCUGCAGCAUAUUUGACCUUAAAAAUUCCCUGCCUGAUUCUCUGCUUCCUAAUCUACUUGAUCGCACUCCAAAUGAAGAAAUUGACCACCAGAAUGAAGAUCAAAGAAAGUCACACCGGCACAAGGAACUUUUCGCACUGCACCCAGCUCAAGAUGAGGAUGAACCCAUUGAAAGACUCACUGUUCCUGAUGUGCCUAAAGAACACUUUGGGCAAAGAUUACUAGUCAAAUGUUUAUCUCUUAAAUUUGAAAUCGAAAUUGAACCAAUUUUUGCAAGUUUGGCUUUGUAUGAUGUAAAGGAGAAGAAGAAGAUAUCUGAAAAUUUUUACUUUGACCUAAAUUCUGAACAAAUUAAAGGAAUGCUGCGACCACAUGUUACGCCUGCCGCCAUAAGUACCCUGGCUAGAUCCGCCAUUUUCUCCAUCACAUAUCCUUCCCAGGACGUCUUCCUGGUGAUAAAGCUUGAAAAGGUUCUGCAACAAGGAGACAUAGGAGAGUGUGCCGAACCAUAUAUGAUAUUUAGGGAAGCAGACGCAGCCAAAAACAAGGAAAAGCUGGAGAAAUUGAGGUGCCAGGCAGACCAGUUUUGUCAGAGGUUGGGAAAAUACCGAAUGCCAUUUGCUUGGACGGCAAUUCAUCUCAUGAACAUUGUAAGCAGUGCUGGGAGUCUGGAACGGGACUCUACUGAAGUGGAGAUUGGACCUGGAGAACGAAAGGGUUCGUGGUCAGAAAGGAGAAAUUCCAGCAUUGUCGGGAGGCGUUCAUUAGAGCGCACCACAAGCGGCGAUGAAGCUUGCAAUCUAACCAGCUUUCGCCCCGCAACAUUGACCGUGACCAACUUUUUUAAACAGGAAGGCGAUCGCUUAAGUGAUGAAGAUCUCUUUAAGUUCCUGGCAGAUAUGAGGAGACCAUCUUCUGUUUUAAGGAGACUGCGCCCCAUAACUGCCCAGCUAAAGAUUGAUAUUUCACCUGCACCAGAAAAUCCCAGCUAUUGUCUCACUCCAGAAUUGUUACAAGUAAAGCUGUACCCUGACAGCAGAGUGAGACCCACCAGGGAGAUCUUGGAGUUUCCCGCCAGAGAUGUCUACAUACCGAACACCAUCUACAGGAAUAUCCUGUACAUCUAUCCACAAAGCCUUAAUUUUGCCAAUCGACAAGGAUCCGCGAGAAACAUUACUGUAAAAAUCCAAUUCAUGAAUGGAGAAGAUCCAAGUAAUGCCAUGCCGGUCAUCUUUGGAAAGUCUAGUUGCCCAGAAUUUUCAAAGGAAGCCUACACAGCAGUUGUUUACCAUAACAGAUCUCCAGAUUUCCACGAAGAAAUCAAGAUUAAGCUUCCAGCCACGCUAACGGACCACCAUCAUUUGCUUUUUACAUUUUACCAUGUCAGCUGCCAGCAGAAGCAGAAUACGCCACUGGAGACCCCAGUCGGCUAUACCUGGAUUCCAAUGCUUCAAAAUGGCCGCCUGAAGACUGGUCAGUUCUGCCUUCCUGUGUCUUUAGAAAAACCGCCACAGGCCUACUCUGUGCUCUCCCCAGAGGUUCCUCUUCCAGGGAUGAAAUGGGUGGAUAACCACAAAGGAGUGUUCAAUGUUGAAGUAGUUUCAGUAUCCUCUGUUCACACUCAGGAUUCCUACCUUGACAAGUUCUUUGCCCUGGUUCAUGCGCUGGAAGAGCACAUGUUCCCUGUUAGAAUUGGAGACAUGCGAAUCAUGGAAAACAGUUUGGAGAGCGAGUUGAAAAGCAGCAUUCUGGCCCUGAGUUCUGCACAGUUGGAGCCAGUGGUCCGAUUUCUGCACCUUCUCCUAGAUAAAUUGAUUCUUUUGGUUGUAAGACCUCCUGUUAUUGCUGGCCAAAUAGUUAACCUAGGUCAAGCUUCAUUCGAGGCGAUGGCUUCUAUCACAAACAGACUGUACAAAAACUUGGAAGGAAAUCACGAUCAACACGGCAGAAAUAACCUACUCGCUUCCUUCAUCCAUUAUGUUUUCCGACUGCCAAACCCCGAUCCAAACUCGCCAUCGCCAGGUCCUGGUGGCUUAGGUGGAUCAAUGCACUAUGCCACAAUGGCUAGGUCUGCAAACAGACCAGCAAGUCUUAAUUUGAACCGAUCCAGAAGUCUUAGCAACAGCAACCCUGAUAUAUCCGGAACCCCCACAUCACCCGACGAUGAAGUGAGGUCAAUAAUUGGCAACAAGGGCUUAGACCGCUCCAACUCCUGGGUAAACACAGGUGGUCCCACAGCUACCCAGUGGGGAACUAGCCCCAGUGCUGACUCUGUGCAGGCAAUGGAUCGAUGUAAUCGAAUGUCAUCGCACACAGAGACGUCAAGUUUCUUACAAACAUUGACUGGACGGUUACCAACUAAAAAGUUAUUUCACGAGGAGCUAGCAUUGCAGUGGGUUGUGAGCAGUGGCACGGUACGGGAGGCCGCCUUGCAGCAAGCCUGGUUCUUCUUUGAGUUGAUGGUGAAAAGCAUGGUACAUCAUUUAUAUUUUGCGGACAAGCUUGAUUCUCCACGGAAACAUCGCUUUCCAGAACGCUUCAUGGAUGACAUCACCGCGUUAGUCAGCACAAUGGCAAAUGACAUCAUCACUAGAUUUCAGAAGGACACAGAAAUGGUGGAAAGACUCAAUGUUAGCCUUGCAUUUUUCCUCAAUGAUCUGCUGUCUGUUAUGGACAGAGGUUUUGUCUUUAGCCUAGUUAAGGCUUACUUCAAGCAGGUUUCAUCUAAAUUGUAUCUCUUGCCAAAUCCAAGCAUAUUGGUCUCGAUGCGGCUGGAUUUCCUGAGGAUUGUAUGCAGCCAUGAGCAUUAUGUCACCCUAAAUCUGCCCUGUAGUCUGCUCACUCCACCCUCUUCUCCUUCCCCGUCUGUUUCAUCUGCUACAUCACAGAGCUCAGGAUUCUCUACAAACGUCCAAGACCAAAAGAUUGCCAAUAUGUUUGAGCUGUCGGUGCCAUUCCGCCAGCAGCAUUAUUUGGCUGGACUCGUGCUAACAGAGCUGGCUGUCAUUGUGGACCCUGAGGCAGAGGGGUUGUUUGGAUUACAUAAGAAGGUCAUCAAUAUGGUACAUAACUUGCUAUCUACCCAUGACUCCGAUCCCCGGUAUGCUGAUCCAGAGGUAAAGGCCCGUGUGGCUAUGCUGUAUCUACCUCUGAUAGGCAUUGUCAUGGAAACUGUGCCUCAACUCUAUGAUUUCACAGAAAAUAACAACCAGCGAGGAAGGCCAAAUUGCUCAUCGACCGACGAUGAUGGUGACGGUGGGAGUAUGAUCAGUCAGACAGUUGCCAUGGCAAUUGCUGGGACUUCUGUCCCUCAGCUCGCCAGGCCGAGCAGCUUUCUACUCACAUCCAAUUCUACAAGGCAACACGCAACAUUUUCUGCUGAGUCGAGUCGCUGCCUCUUGAUCUGUUUGCUCUGGGUCUUAAAGAACGCGGAUGAGACUGUCCUCCAGAAAUGGUUCACUGACCUGUCCAUCCUGCAGCUAAAUCGGCUGCUGGACUUGCUAUAUCUCUGCGUUUCCUGCUUUGAAUACAAGUGUGUUUUGAUACAGGGCAAGAAAGCAUUUGAACGCAUGAACAGCUUGACCUUUAAAAAGUCAAAAGACAUGAGAGCCAAGCUUGAGGAGGCAAUCCUUGGAAGCAUCGGAGCUAGGCAGGAGAUGGUUCGAAGAAGCAGAGGUCAGCUUGAGAGAAGUCCGUCUGGAAGCGCCUUUGGCAGUCAGGAAAACUUACGGUGGAGAAAGGAAAUGACUCACUGGCGACAAAACACUGAUAAACUCGAAAAAUCGAGAGCAGAGUUGGAUCACGAAGCACUUAUAGAUGGCAACCUGGCAACAGAAGCAAAUCUAAUAAUUUUGGACACACUAGAGAUAAUUGUCCAGACGGUUUCUCUGACGGAGUCCAAGGAGAGCAUACUGGGAGGUGUUCUGAAGACACUCCUGCACAGCAUGGCGUGCAAUCAAAGUGCUCUAUAUCUACAGCACUGUUUUGCUACGCAAAGAGCCCUCGUCUCAAAGUUUCCAGAGCUUCUUUUUGAAGAGGAGACCGAACAAUGCGCAGAUCUCUGUCUGCGACUACUCCGCCACUGCAGCAGUAGUAUUGGCACCAUUCGGUCGCACGCCAGCGCCUCACUCUACCUUCUCAUGAGACAGAACUUUGAAAUUGGAAAUAAUUUUGCCCGUGUGAAAAUGCAGGUCACUAUGUCGCUGUCCUCUCUUGUUGGGACAUCACAGAAUUUCAAUGAAGAGUUUUUAAGACGAUCACUGAAGACUAUUUUAACAUAUGCAGAGGAGGACCUGGAGCUACGAGAAACCACCUUUCCUGACCAGGUCCAGGAUCUGGUAUUUAACCUCCACAUGAUUCUUUCAGACACUGUUAAAAUGAAAGAGCACCAGGAAGACCCAGAGAUGCUUAUUGAUCUUAUGUACAGAAUUGCAAAAGGCUAUCAGACCUCGCCAGACCUGCGUUUAACGUGGCUGCAGAACAUGGCAGGGAAACACUCUGAACGGAGCAACCAUGCAGAAUCGGCGCAGUGCCUCGUGCACUCAGCAGCUCUUGUGGCUGAAUAUUUAAGCAUGCUGGAGGAUCGCAAAUAUCUCCCUGUUGGCUGUGUAACCUUCCAGAAUAUUUCUUCCAAUGUCCUGGAAGAGUCUGCUGUUUCGGAUGAUGUGGUGUCACCAGAUGAGGAAGGAAUAUGCUCUGGGAAAUAUUUCACAGAGGCCGGUCUGGUGGGACUUCUGGAACAAGCUGCAGCCUCCUUCUCAAUGGCUGGUAUGUAUGAAGCAGUGAACGAAGUUUACAAAGUACUCAUUCCAAUCCACGAAGCCAGCAGAGAUGCCAAGAGGCUGUGUACCAUUCACGGUAAACUUCAAGAUGCUUUCAGCAAGAUUGUCCAUCAGAGUACGGGCUGGGAGCGAAUGUUUGGAACAUAUUUCCGUGUUGGUUUUUACGGGACCAAAUUUGGAGAUCUUGACGAACAAGAAUUUGUGUACAAGGAGCCGGCAAUUACAAAACUGGCAGAAAUAUCUCAUAGAUUGGAGGGGUUUUACGGAGAGCGAUUUGGAGAAGAUGUCGUUGAAGUAAUUAAAGAUUCAAAUCCAGUUGAUAAAUGCAAAUUGGAUCCAAACAAAGCCUUUAUUCAGAUAACCUACGUGGAACCCUACUUUGACACAUAUGAAAUGAAGGACAGAAUUACAUAUUUUGAUAAAAACUACAACCUGCGGCGUUUCAUGUAUUGCACCCCGUUCACCCUAGACGGCCGAGCCCAUGGGGAGCUGCAUGAACAGUUCAAAAGAAAAACAAUUUUGACCACGUCUCAUGCUUUCCCUUACAUUAAAACCAGGAUAAACGUUAUCAAUAAGGAGGAGGUCAUUCUCACACCUAUAGAAGUCGCCAUAGAAGACAUGCAGAAGAAGACUCAGGAGUUGGCAUUUGCAACGCACCAGGAUCCGGCUGAUCAUAAAAUGCUACAAAUGGUACUUCAGGGAUCCGUAGGAACAACAGUUAAUCAGGGUCCUCUAGAAGUCGCCCAAGUGUUUUUGUCUGAGAUUCCCAGUGACCAGAAAUUGUUUCGGCACCAUAACAAACUAAGACUCUGUUUCAAAGACUUCACUAAAAGAUGUGAAGAUGCAUUACGUAAAAAUAAAGGCCUGAUUGGUCCCGACCAGAAGGAAUAUCAGAAGGAAUUAGAGAGAAAUUACCAUCGCCUCAAAGAUGCUCUGCAGCCACUUAUCAACAGAAAGAUCCCACAGUUGUACAAGACAGUCCUCCCUGUUACCUGCCACAGGGAUUCUUUCAGCAGAAUGAGUCUUCGAAAAAUUGACUUCUAAAACAAGCACUUUGGAACCAAUAAGCAACUUAUUAUGGGGAACAAGACGAAAAUGAGUCUGUGCUUUUUAUCAAGUAAAAUCCACACGACUUUUUGAUGAAGGGAACAUUUCUAAUGAGCCGUUGGCUGCCAGAGGUCUGAUUUCCCAGUGAACUGGUACUAGUGUUCAGCUACAUUUCCUGUUUGUAACUGAUCAGGUUUUGUUUUUCCUUGUGGCAUAACGGUACAAAAACUGUUUUAUCAUUAUUUAUAGGAUAUGCAAAGUUAGACUGUAUUUAGUUAAUAUUUAAUUUAUAUUCAAAACACUUCAAAAUGUAAACAAAACAUUUUACGGUACUGUCCAAAAUGAGCAUCCUCACCAAAUAUAACGUCACAAUAAAGAAAAGCUGUAAGGUAAUGAACUUGUAGAUAAUUGUGGAGUUAUUCAUUAAAUGGGGAAUAUUCUUUGAAUGGCUACUUUUCCUAAUCCAUUAUGUUGCUGUUAAGCGAGUAAUUCUCAAAAUAACCUGCAUGACAUAUCCAUUGCAGGGCUAUAACCUCUACAAAUGGAUUCAAAGUGAAGCUGCAGAAAAAGUAAACUAAAAAUCAUAUAUGGGAUGUGCCACUUUGCAAUGCUUUGCCCAUUAACCCACUCAGUUACACGAAUAUUGCAGCCACUUGUAUGUAAUGAUGUAUCAGCCAUAUGUUACCCCUUAGAUUAAAAUGGAUAAUGAGACAUCUGUCAGGGGGUAGUUUAUGAUAAUGUAUGUUGACUUUCAGAAGACAUGUUGGUGUGUAGUAUAAAACAGAAUAGACUGUUUCAAUAGCCAGACUCUACCAGAUCAUGUUGGUCACAGAUUACAAAUAUGAAUUGUUCAGUUUGGCUGGAAAUGGCAAAUUCCUAGCCCUGUGGGGGUUAAUUUUAUGUUAUGAAAUUAGGACAUUUUUACAAAGUUUAUAUUUUCAUAUUCAAUAUUUUACUUUAUGUAGAUUUGACCCUCUUGUCAUGACGCCUUUAAAUGUUUACUAUUAUGGACCAUAAGCACAGGGAGAAAUGGUCUUACCACCAUGUACAUGCUGAUAUUGUUUCCCCUGAUUAAAUGGAUGAUGGGAUUUUUAGUCCCAACAGCAAGGUACAAGUUUACUUAUCUAGACCAUAUUUUCCGAUUUGUAAAACUUUUCCCCUGGGGUGCUGUAGUAGUAAAUUCAGAGAGCAGAGCGGUUUGGCGACAGCAUUUCUGCAUCACUGGUGGUACAGCAAUUCAACACUCAGGAGGAUGGCUGGUUGCUAUAUACCAACUUAAUUUUCAUGUUUACCCAUUAUUUAGUACAAGUGUUGAUUUAAAGGUACAGUCUGUUUUUCUGCACAAUAUUACAUACAGGAAAGUUCUUUGGAAUAAUGAAAUAUUCAGGUGUUAAGAAAACCAAAUGUCAUUAGGGUUGGUUUAUAAAAGGUCCCUAUUUAUUUAGGCACAAUUUUAAUGCUCUUGCAUUGUAUAUUUUGUAUUGUGUAUUUGAAACAAUGUAUAACAAAAUAUUAAAAGAAAAUACUGAAAGGCCAAA